AUGGAACUUUCCUUGGUAGGCCUUCAGAAUGCAGGGAAGACAUCUCUUGUCAAUGCCAUUGCUAAGAAGAUGAAAAUUGAGAGAUUUCUACUUGUCAAUUUUGCAUUUUCAGUGUUCAUAGGACUUGUUGUUGGAAAUUCUUUGUGCAUUGAGAGGGAGAGACAAGCUCUUCUCGAGUUCAAGCAAGGUCUAAUAGAUAACUACGAUAUCCUCUCAUCAUGGGGGAGAGAAGAAGAGAAAAAUGAAUGUUGCAGUUGGAAAGGUGUGAAGUGCAGCAACAAAACAGGGCAUAUUGUGGUUCUUGAUAUUCACACUCCGGAGACUAUAUACUUUUAUAGAGGUCAAUACUUGAAAGGUAAUAUUACUCCUUCACUGCUUGAAAUGCAGCAUCUGAAGUACCUAGACCUUAGUUACAAUGAUUUUGGUACAAGUCGAAUACCAGAUUUCGUUGGUUCUUUUCCAAGACUGGAAUACCUUAAUCUUGAGGUUGCUAACUUAUCAGGUGAAAUUCCUCGCACUCUUGGGAACCUUACACAUUUGCAGAUUCUUGACCUUAGCGAGAACAAUGGUUUAGUAGUGAAGAACCUUGAGUGGCUUCCUCGUCUUGCUUUCUUACGUAACCUUGACCUUUCUGACGUUCAUAUUAAUACUGUCAAUUGGUUACAACAAAUAAGUAAGUCCCCUUCUAUAGAAAAAAUAAAUUUAGGAGGUUGCUUCCUCCCUGAUCCAAUCAAUUCAACAUCUCAUCUUUCAUCCAAUGUCUCUUCCCGUUUGCUUUCCAACCUCGAUCUUCAUUUUAACGAGCUUUCCUCUUCUACAUUUCAGUGGUUGUUCAACUUGAGUACGAGAUUUACUACCAUAGAUCUCUCUUUUAACUAUUUAGCAGGUCCCAUCCCUGAAGCCUUUGGGUAUAUGAAACAUCUGGAGGUCAUUGACCUAGCAGGAAAUAUUCUAGAAGGCGAAUUGCCCAGAUCUUUUGGGAAUUUGAGUCACUUAAAAACCCUUUAUUUACCAUCGAAUAAGUUGAACCAACCACUUCCUGAAUUACUUUUGAGCUUGUCUGGUAUAGCAGAAAAAUCACUUGAAAAAUUAGAUUUAAGUUACAAUCAAGUUAGUGGUGCAUUGCCUGACAUCACGAAAUUUUCAUCCUUAAAGAGUUUAUCCCUACAAAGGAAUCAACUGAAUGGAUCUUUCUCAGAAAGCUAUGGGCGAACUUCCAAGAUUGAAUUUCUCGAUUUAUCUUGGAAUCAAAUUACAGGACCUUUGCCAAACUUAAAAACAUUUUCAGCAAUGAGAGAGCUGCAUUUGUACAAUAACCAAUUCAAAGGGAGGUUACCCCAAAGUAUACAACAACUUUUAAAGCUUGAGAUAUUGAGAGUCGAUUCAAAUUUUUUAGAAGGUCCAAUCACGGAAUCACAUCUUUCAAACCUUUCCAACUUAAAAGUGUUGGACUUGUCAUAUAACUCCUUCUCUCUUCAGUUGGGACCUAAUUGGCUUCCUCCUUUUGAGUUAGAUGUUAUAGGACUCUCCCAUUGUGAAAUGGGGCAUCGUUUCCCACAAUGGCUACGAACUCAGAAGAAUUACUCAUAUCUUGAUAUCUCUUUUGUUGGUAUAUCAGGUGUAGCUCCUAACUGGUUUUGGGAUCUUUCUCCAGAAAUAUUUUACUUCAAUAUUUCCAAUAACCAAAUAAGAGGAGAGGUUCCUGAUUUGUCUUCCAAGUUUGUAGCAUCAAAGGAAUCUAAACUUCCAAUGAUGGAUUUUAGUUCAAAUAAUUUAUCAGGUUUAGUGCCAUCAUUCCCUUCAACCUUGACAUCAUUGCACCUCUCCAAAAACGAAUUUGUCGGGUCAAUUUCUUUCCUUUGCAGAAUAGUCAACCCUUGGUUCAGCUCCAUUGACCUCUCAGACAACCUACUAUCAGGAGAACUUCCCAAUUGUUUGAUGGGAUUUGAAGAACUAGUCAUUCUUAAUUUAGCCAACAACAAUCUAUAUGGUAAAAUUCCCAGUUCUAUUGGUUAUUUAUUUUCUAUAAGAUCUCUACAGCUGCGGAACAAUAAUUUUACUGGUGCUCUACCUACCGUUUUGAAGAACUGCAGAGAAUUGAAAAUCUUGGACGUGGGGCGGAAUAAGUUAAGUGGAGAAAUUCCAUCAUGGGUUGGCUCAGAUUUAACAAACUUGGUUGUCUUAAGUUUGAGAUUCAACAAGUUCAAUGGAAAGAUACCUCCAAAUUUGUGUCAUUUGAAUCAAGUCCAUAUUUUGGAUCUUUCUGAAAACAUCUUAUCAGGAGAAAUCCCGCGAUGUAUCAACAAUAUCACAUCUUUGCUUCAGAAUAAUAGCUUAGACUCGAGCAUUAUUUUUGAUUUGGGUGGAAAGGAUGAAAUCUUUUAUUCUGUUGUGGAUGAAUACAUGGGGGAUGCAUUAGUUCAAUGGAAAAGCAGUGAAUCUGUGUACAAUAAGACACUCGGGUUGUUGAAGAUCAUCGAUUUUUCUAGUAACGAGUUAGUUGGAAGAGUUCCUGAAGAAAUCGCACAAUUGGAUGGAGUACUUUCACUAAACCUCUCCAGAAACAAUUUAACAGGAAAUAUCAUAGAAGGAAUAGGAAAGAUGAAAAUGUUACAGUCCCUUGAUCUGUCUGAAAAUCAGCUCACAGGCAAAAUUCCCACAAGCCUUGCUCAACUGCAUUUCCUAAGCGUCUUGGACUUGUCGAGCAACAACUUAUCGGGGAAAAUUCCUUCAAGCACUCAAUUGCAGAGUUUUGAUCCCUCAUCAUAUGCAGGAAACACUAAACUCUGUGGCCCACCACUUGCAAAAUGUCCUGGAGAUAGGGAUACUCAAAGCCCUGUUACUAAUCAUGGAAGAAUCAACAAUCUUGAUGAAGAUGACGAGAUUUUGUCGAUUGGAUUUUAUGUAUCUGCGGCGAGCGGAUUCAUUCUUGGAUUUUGGGGGGUCUUAUUCACUUUAAUCCUCAAGCAAUCAUGUAGACAUGCUUACUUUCAGCUGUUGAACAAUAUCGCAAAUUGGAUCUUUGUGUCAGCAAUAUUGUCUCUACGCAGAUUGAAGAUGCUCUGGAGCUAG